AUGGAGAAGAAGAUCACAGAGAAGAUUGCGGCCUUGCCGCCGGACGCUAAUUACUUCUCGCUGGAGUUCUUCCCUCCUAAGACCCGGAUGGGUUUCGCGAACCUGUCUGCGCGUCUGGAGCGGAUGGCUCAGGCCCUGCGCCCGCUCUUCGUAACGGUCACUUGGGGUGCAGGCGGAAGCACGGCGGCCCGUUCCCUCGAACUGGCGGAAGUCUGCCAACGCCAGUUGCAGUUGACGACGGUGCUGCACCUGACAUGCACGAACAUGAGCCGCGCGCUGGUGGACAUGGCGCUGGAAGAGGCCAAGGUGCUCGGCAUUCGCAAUAUCCUGGCUUUGCGCGGAGACCCGCCCCGCAGCGAGGAAUACAACAUGCAUGGAGAGGAUGAUAGCAACAAGGACUUCACUUUCGCGGUGGACCUGGUUCGGUACAUUCGCAAGCAACAUGGCGACUACUUCUGCAUUGGUGUUGCUGCAUACCCAGAGGGCCAUCCGGCCGACUCGUUCCAGGAUGUUCAGGAUCCAGUCCGCGACCUUCCCUACCUCAUUGAGAAGACCCUCGCCGGUGCGGACUUCAUCAUGACCCAGCUCACAUACGACAUCGAGGCAUACCAGAAGUUUGAGGAUAUGCUUCGGAACCACGAGUCUGGCGUCUUCAAGACCAUCCCCAUUAUCCCAGGUCUGAUGCCCAUCCACAGCUAUAAGAUUCUCACCCGAGUGACGAAGCUCAGCCACGUCCAUAUCCCAGAUCCCAUUGCCAAGCGCAUGGAAGAACUGAAGCAUGACGAUGAUGCAGUAAAGCGCGCCGGUGUGGAUAUUGUCAGCGAGAUUGUUGGAGGAAUCCAAGAGCUCAAGUCUCCCGGGCCGCGGGGUUUCCAUUUCUAUACUUUGAACUUGGAAAAGACCGUUUCAUUCAUUUUAGAGAGAUGUGAUCUAAUCCCGGCCUUCACGGACAUCGAGGAUGAUUAUGCGGUUGUGGACGUCGACGGUGUCCUUCCUCUUGACGCCCCGGCUCGCCUGGCCAGACGCCGGGCUUCUUCUAUGAACUCGCAGCCACACAACCGUUUAAUUGUGGAUAAGCUUUCGGCAAAGGGCUCUUCCCACGAUUCUGUCCAUGAGGCCCUUGCGAACAGCGUGGGGCAGCCAGCAAUGCCUCCUGGCCGGGGUACCACCCUUCAGAUCUCCGAGGGGUUGGGCUCUCUUGGCAGAGAGGCCACAUGGGAUGACUUCCCUAACGGUCGAUGGGGUGAUGCACGCUCCCCUGCUUUCGGUGAGAUAGACGGAUACGGCCCAUCCCUCCACGUCACUUCUGCAGUGGCCCGCCGUAUUUGGGGUCACCCUGUUGAGCACUCCGAUAUCAGCACCCUCUUCCGCCGCCACGUUUCCGGAGAGCUGUACAUGGUGCCCUGGUCUGAGGGUGGUGCUGAGGAAGGCGCCGGCCUGAAUGCGGAGACAGAGCUUAUCCGGCCCGAGCUGCUCAAGCUCAUCGACGGUCGAGGCUGGUGGACACUAGCCUCGCAGCCCGCCGUCAACGGUGUCCGUAGCGACCACCACAUCUUUGGCUGGGGCCCACAGCGCGAGGGUUUUGUCUUCCAGAAGCCCUUCGUCGAGUUCUUCUGUCCCAACAAGGACUACACCGACAUUCUCAAGCCGUUGUUCGCAAAGCACGGCCAUGACAAGCUAGUAUGGUUCGCCACCAAUACCACCGGCGCCUUCGAGUCCUCGCUCCCUGUUCAGCCCGCCGAUGUUGAGCUCGACGACCUGAAUUCCAACCCCGAGAGCGUCAACGCCGUCACCUGGGGUGUCUUCCGUGGCAAGGAGAUUGUUACCCCGACCAUCAUUGAAGAAGUCAGCUUCCGCGCCUGGGGCGAGGAAGCCUUCCGUAUCUGGGACGAAUGGCGCCGCAUUUACCCGCGUGGCUCGCCCACCGAGCGCUUCCUUGGCUCGACCAAGAACGACGUCUGGCUCGUCUGCGUCGUUGGUCAGCAAUUCGGCGCAGGUACUCCCCAAGGCAGCAAGGAGGAAGAGGACGAGGUCAAGUGGAUGUGGCGCGUGUUAGCGGGCGAGACUCAGUGA